AUGCGGCCGCCGACCAACAGCCGUACCGCAGCGCCCGCUGCAGCGCACCCUAUAAGGCUACAACUUUGCAAAGUCGCUAAGCGCUGCGCCUCAGUCGCUGGAGUUCUUGUGGGCCCCGCCUGUCCACGCAGCAACAGGGGCCCCCAAGGGCAGACUUCGCAUGCUGUUACACAGUUGCCGCCUUCCCCACCCCACAAAAAGCCCAACAGUUGCUGGCGUAGUGCUACACGAUGGGCUUUUUGCGAGCCAUCCACACGAAGCUCGACACCUCUUACCGCAGCGGGGCCCUCCGGGGAGUAUCGUCCUGCUGAAGCAGCUGACGAGAGCAGCAGCAGCAACAACAGCAGCAACGACACUAGUAGCAGCAGCAACGGCAGUAGCAGCAACAGCAGGAGCAACAACACCAGUAACAACAGCAGUAGCAGCAGCAACAACAGCAGGAGCAGCAACAAUACCACACCUAGCACUGCUCCUUCGGAAAGCGAGAGCAGCAGCAGCAGUGACGAUGACUUCGGGCCUAAGCCGAUCCUGGAGGCUCCUGGUGCCUCCAAACGGAAACGCCGGAGGCUGCGGUGCGAGAAGUUGCUGCUUGACCAGCUGCCAAGCGCGAACAAAUACACCAAGAGCUUCAUGCACAGAGAUCAAAUCAUCUUUGUGGUUGCGGGUGAAGGCCAUCGCUUUAUUCUAAGCGGCUCAGUAGAUGGCCAUGUGAAAUUUUGGAUCCAAAAGGAAGAGGGCGUCGAGUUCGUUAAACACUUCAGGGCCCAUGUUGGAGAGCUUCACUGUCUCUGCAUCUCUAGAGAAGACGGUGGCAAUCAUGCGGCGUCUGUAGGGGCCGACAAGACUUUGAGGAUAUUCGACGUUUGCAACUUUGACAUGGCUUGCCUUGUGAGUCUGGACUUUGUUCCUUGGGCAUGCGAAUUCGUUUCCAAGAAAGGAGAUCCGACGCCGCUUGUUGCAAUAUCAGACAAAGACAGUUCCAAAGUAGUGAUCCUGAAGCCGCUGUUGCACGGAAGCAGGGUCAUGGUUUCAUUCACGCUGCAUUCGGCACCUGUCCGGCUUCUUGCCCACGUAGGGCAGUCCGAUAUAUGUUUUUCUGGCGACAAAGAGGGAGGGCUGGAACUAUGGAGCAUUGAAACGGGGCGAAGAGUUACGAAGCAAAGCCACCCAGAGCAUAUAGACUUCGAAUUCAAGACGGAUACUCAUCUCUUUGAUCUACAGAGGAACGGAACUGUGCCCUUGUCGAUUGCCGCGAGUCCGAACAGCAAAUGGCUGGCAGUCUUUGGCUCCGACUAUCAUUUGAGGGUCUUCAGCGUUCGCAAGGCGAGACUCUCCCGCGUAUAUUUGGAAACCUUGCAGUUUUACGAGAUGGCUCAGAAAGAUCCUCAGUGCACUCUGUUGCAUCAGGACGCUUUGGACUUUGAGCAGCGCGCGGCACUGGAGAGAGACCUGAGCCGCUCCCCCCUGCGCUUUCACCAAAGCCUUAUCUUUGACGCCUCCUCCUCUUUUCUCCUCUAUCCAGUGCUUCUGGGGGUCAAGGUUCUCAAUAUCCUCGACAACAGAGUGUGCCGUAUCAUAGGGCGGCAUGAACAGGGCCUGCGGUAUUUGGCGAUCGCGCUGCAGCAGCCAUGCUCUACACGCAGGGUCGCUAAGCCCACAGACGGGAAGACGGAUGCGGUCCUCGUCGCUUCUGCCUUCAAGAAGAAGCGGGUGUACUUCUUCACGCCGGAGGCCCCCUCGGACGAUAUUCUUGACACGCGUGAUGUCUUUAACGAAAAGCCCUCCAAGGAGGAACUUGAAUCGCUCAGUGCCGCCUCCGGCGCGUCCGCCAUUGCACCUGCUCAGCGCUUGGGUGCCACUGCGACUUUGCACACGACCUUUGGAGAUAUCCGCGUUAAACUCUUUGGAAUGGAGUGCCCCAAGACGGUCGAAAACUUCACGGUGCAUGCAAGGAAUGGCUAUUACGAUAACAUGCUCUUCCAUCGCGUCAUCAAAGGCUUUAUGAUUCAGACAGGAGAUCCUAACGGAGACGGCACUGGCGGCGAGUCUAUAUGGGGAGGCGACUUCGAAGACGAGUUGCAUCGGUCUCUAAAGCACGACCGACCCUUUACGCUGUCCAUGGCGAACGCUGGGCCCGACACGAACGGCUCUCAAUUCUUUAUCACCACCGUUCCUUGUCCAUGGCUCGACAUGAAACAUACCGUCUUUGGCAGGGUCACACACGGGGCAGACGUCGUCUUGAAGAUCGAAGGUGUCAAAACGAAUCAGAACGACAAACCUGUGCAAGACGUGAAGCUUCUUACCAUAAAGAUCACCUCGUAG